GGCCGGACUUUAGUUGUGGACGGGCGGCCCGGUAAGUCAUGGCGUUGGAUGCUCGCAGGCGGUUUUUUAAACUCCUCAUGCGCCUCGGCGCCAUUAUCCUUACGCGGUUCCCCUUCUGGAAUUGCUUCAGCAUGUUGAUGCUGUUUGCGGAACGAGCUGAUCAGCGCAGGAAGCCAGAUAUUCCUGUGCCAUACCUCUAUUUUGAUAUGGGUGCUGCAGUUAUCUGUGCCAGUUUCAUGUCCUUUGGUGUGAAGAGGCGAUGGUUUGCUUUGGGAGCUGCCCUUCAAUUGGCUAUCAGCACAUAUGCAUCAUACGUUGGAGAGCAAGUGCACUAUGGGGACUGGCUUAAGGUAAGAAUGUAUUCCAGGACUAUAGCUGUAAUUGGAGGAUUUCUGAUUUUAGCAAGUGGAGCUGGUGAGGUAUAUCGGCAGAAACCUCGUACAAGGUCACUACAGUCCACUGGGCAAGUGUUUCUUGGCAUCCACCUUAUUUGUGUGGCUUACUCCCUUCAGCACAGUAAGGAGGAUCGCCUGGCCUAUCUGAAUCACAUCAUAGGAGGUGAAAUUACACUGCAGUUGUUGUUUGUACUUUAUGCUGUGUUGGCUUUGUCUUUCCUCUCUGGAUACUGUGUUCGGACUGCAGCCCAAAUGCUUUCUAUUCUUAUGCCUAUUGUAGUUCUGUUUAUUGAUGGAAAUGUGGGCUAUUGGCACCAUUCUCGUCGGGUUGAAUUUUGGAAUCAAAUGAAACUGCUUGGGCAGAAUGUGGGCAUUUUUGGUGCUGCCAUCAUUUUGGCCACAGAUUGCUAAUGAUUUUUAAAGGUUGAGCUUCUCAUUGCAUGGCACUAAUGAAACCACUGCCUUGUACUGCUAUUUAUUUGACAUUUAAAAAAAUUGUACAGGUUCUUGAAUAUAUUUUCAGUAUAGUUAUUAUUCUUACACAAUUCUGAAGAUAAACAGCUGUGUGAGCAAUAGCUUAGAUUCUAGUGAACGUGCAUACUGAGGGCAACAUUCUGUAAUUUUGCUUCUGGCACAGUCUCACUUUUUAGGACUGUCUUGAGUGAUUGCCUUUGGCAGAUAGGCUUUCACACUACAUGUAUGUAUCUGGAAAAUUGGCUCACUGUGUUCAUUUAUAAUCCUCACUCUAAAUUCCAUGCACUGUCUUGAAUAAUAAGUAAGCUCUAUAAUUUAUACAACAUUAUGUCAUGAUUUAUGUAACUUGAUUCCCGGUAGUAUAAUACAACACAUUUCUAUUAUUAUGAAUGAGUAUAUUUCUCCCUUAAAGCUGCAAUUUUUCCAAUUUAUCUGAGCAAACAGAUGAACUACACCUAUGCAGCUAGUGUAUUGGUUGAUCUAACUGGUAGCCUGAAGAACUCCUUAAUUCUUGAGGAAGUGGAUCAGUUACAAUCCACAUGUGGGACAUGUUUUUGAAUAAUGUUUUAAUUGGACUCUGAUGCACUGACAAAACUUUUAUCCAGUUGUACUUGUUAGCACAAUAGUCAGUUCAUCCAUCAGCAGUCUCUAGUUUUAACUAUCAGUUUCUGAAGGAUUACUCCUCUAGAAUUUCCCAUGAACCUCUGUAGCAGGAAGGGUAGGUAAACCAGAAUACAUGAUGAAUUAGCACUGCGGUCCAAGUGAAUACUGUUGAUCACAGCAGUGUACGUGUUGGUAUGAAGCCGUAGCAUCAAUCCAUUUGAGUGAAAUGGUUGUUUUAAACAUGUUGGUUAUGUUGAUAUUUUUCGCAAAGUAAGCGAUUUAUCUAAUUUUUCAACAGAUUUUUUUGGGGUUUUUUUUGUCUCAAUUCUGCAUCUGCAGUUUUUGGCGGGCUGUGGUUAUUAAUGGUGAAUCUCUCUUUUAAUAACUCGAGGUACAAUGAGUGGUUGCAUUUGGAUAGUUAUGGUUAUAUAAGUUCAAGUUAUAGUUUAAAAAUUGUCUUUUUAUAAUCUAAUGGUUGCUUUUCAGGUUGCAUUAAUGUAGCUGUCUGUUUUCAGAGUGAAACAGAGAUAGAGCUUUUAGGAAUUUCUUGGAGUAUGUUGACUAAUUAAUAGUUUCAGAUUUACUGUGAGAUUUCUUUUUCUUUCCCAAUCUUUUCAUCUAAUCCCUGAUGACUGAACAAAAUUUUACUAAAGCAUUACAGUCUCACAAACAGUUGUGCUCAUUUGGAAAACAGAAUUUAAAAAGUGGAGUCAGGAUUUCAAAAAUGUAUUGGUUUUUGUGAAGAAAUGGAGGAUCUCUUGUUUCCCAUCAUUUUAUAAAAAGUUCAGCAAGUGCACCCAUUCUGAUUGAUGAAGCCAGAUUGUGAUGAAAUUAUGGAUUUCAUCCAUAAUUAUGGAUUCCAUGAAAUUAGGGAAAUCAAGGUCUCUUUAAAAUAGUUAAGUUACAUUAUUCUAAUUUUUUCAUUGUGAUUUCACUGAAGUGCAAAGGACUUCCAUUUCUGUAAGCAAAUAUCCAGAAAUGCAUUUCAAUUUUAAGGAAAUAGACAUUUAAUUAAAACAAAAAGAGACCAAUGCCUACCAUAUAUAAAUAUUUGGAAUUUCCAAAUUUUUAUGUUGUAUUUGUGAAUACUUAUGCAGGAAUAAAAAGAACUUAAAUGAGCAUUUUAAGGAGAGCAUAAAAAACACAUGAUUUCACCACAGAACAUGCUAUAUGUUUUAGUAAUUUGGCUUGUCAAUUGAAGUGCUUGUGAACUGUGGCACCUGGAUAAUUUGAAAAAAUGGGAUCAAUAUUGUACAAGGUAAAACUGUAGCAGCCUUGUAACUCGUUUUGAAAAUGUCUGUAAAUCUAGUUAUAUUUUGGUCGUAUUGAAGCCUGUAGAGUUUCUAUGCUCUGUACUGAAAUUGCUGAAGAAUGUAAAACGAAAGUUAAUCUAUCCUUGACAAUAUUAUCGUUGUUACUUUUCUCCGUGAAUAGUAUGUUUAGAUUAAGUGGGUGGUGGUAAUUUUUGCAUCAGUUGGAUCCAAUCCACUCACUUCUGUUCCUUGUAGGUUGAUCGAUAUUGUAUAAGUGUUUGUUUCAAACUGUGAGUGUAUAGAUUGGGAGUAAAAUUUUCACUAUAAAUAUAGUAAAUGACAAAAUGGCUUUCAUUAAGCCUAAGGAGCUGUUCAAAUGAAGUUAACUAUAGAAUGAUUUGAAUGCUCUUUUGUUUAAAUCACGAAGUGAUUGGUAAUUUUCCAUGGAUAAUUUUUAUGCACGUAUUCUAUUUUCAAUCUGAAUAGAAACUGAAUAGGUUACCAGUCAACGCAAAUGUGCCCCAAGCUGUAAUUAGUUUGUAGUCAUUAAAAAGUUUGUCAUUUUAACUGA